AUGCAACUCCUCUCCCUGACUACCUUAGCUGCUGCUACCAUGCUAUCCGUCCCUGCACUCUCUUGCAAAUGCUUCGUGAACGGCAAUAUGGACAACGGUCGUACCCAAUCCUGCUGCAAUCAGCUCCAUGGUGUGUUCCGCUAUGGCAACGAUUGCGCUGCCAGCUCGAUCUCGGAACAUCUUUCCAACUUCCGCAGAUGCUGUGGUGGCCAAUCCGACUGCGACUAUCCCAAAACCGAACAAGUCGAGGGUCUGGUUGAAGAGAACAGUGUUCUUAAAACUAUCGUUGUCAUUCCCACUGCCGCUGCUCAGAAUUAG